AUGAAGUACUUUACCAUUGCUAUCCUUCUGUCCCUCACUGGCAGUGUCUGUGCCGACUUGCACAACAUUGCUGUGUGCAUCUCGAACAGGAAGUACUCCAACAUCGGCGGCACCCCCUUCAGCGUUAGCUACACCUGGUCCAAGGAUUACGAGAUCCUUCCUGAUGCGACCAAGUGUGCUUGUGAGGCCUACAAGCAGCGCAAUACGGGAGACAACCAGUGGGAUGUAUGCCCUGAUUGCACCUUUGAUGGUACAUACUGUAACUCUGCUGGCUGGCAUAUCGGUGGUGAUGAGAUGACAUACUAUUGUGAGGACAUUUGCCAUGCUCAAGGUGCCGAGGGCAACUAG